GCUUUGUUUACUUGUUUAUCUCUCGUGCAUGUUGCUUAAAACAAUAGUGCAUUGCCUGGGCAGCUUUCUUGAAACAGCUCAUACACAAAGAAUACACAAACAAUCUGAAAUAAUAUUUAAAAAGGCCCCAAGGGACUUAAAGAUUAUGCAACUCAUUGGUAUUCUACCUACUGUGUAUUUCAAUUUGUUUUUCAGAGGAAAAUAUCCAACAUUUACCCAACAGAGACACUGGUUUCGUUGCAGAUUCAAAUUUUGGCCACAAAAUAUAAUAAUUAAUGCAUUAUUAUUCAUCAAAUUAUCCAGCAUUACUUUAAAAUUUAAAGCUCUACCUCCAACAGAUGUUUAGUAAAUUUAAGUAAGUUAUGCUGGCAAUUCCUCUUUUUAACUCUUCUCUUUAAGUAUAAUUUAGAAUGCAGGACCUUUACUGAGAAAUCCUAUAAUAUUCCUCUUAAUACCUCCACAAUUUCUGAUUAGAUGGACAUGAUAACACUUAAAUCACAUAACAGUACUCAUUCCUACAUCAGUAAAUCAUUUUUUUCUAACCUGAUCUGAAGUCUCCGCUGCACAUGUGAGCAUAUUUGAUGAUUGCCUCCAUCCAGUCCUCUCAUUUUAUCGUAUUUAACCAUAAUUGUCUUCGUUUUUGUUGAUGGGCAGUGGCGGCUGUUAUGCAUGACUUCUUCUAUUUUCGGCACCCAAUAACACAGGGUGCAAAGUAAAGCAGGGUUCCCAAAUCACUAAAUCCACCCCUGGUAAACUCACUUGGGUAACGCUGAGAAAAACAAAAAAUAAUACAAUUUAUUAAUUUCCAAAUAGGUGAAUUAAGCCCCAUUUCCACCAAGCAGUCUGGUGCGGAUCAGUUCAGUUUGGUACGCAUUUUUUGCAUUUCCAGUGGUAAAAGUUGUGGAUGGUACCAAUGGAACGUUCCUUACUGUGCCCGUUUUUUCAACCUGCUUUGAAAGCCACGUGGUUAAAAAGUAGAGCAUGAAUUUAAUUAGCUGACGUAUUUCACAGGCUGUGACGCUAUUAGUGUGUUAAGUGAUAAGUUAGCAUGGCUAAGAAAAAGACACCCCAGUCAGAAACACUGGUGAAAUACACUUAGCAAGACAUGCUCAACUCUCCGCAGAACCCUGAAGCCCCACCCCCCACUGCUGCACAGAGCGAUGUUUGCUUGUGUAUUUAAAGUUUAUUAAUGUGAGUCCAAAUUGCACCAGAUCUGACACUGUACAUCCUUGGGUCCACAAGUGUAAAGCCAGAGUUGGGGAUUAAUGGAAUAAAUGUUACUAAGUUACAUAUUUAAAAUACUAAAUACAAAUAACCAUAUUCAGUUCAUUGUUUAGUCCAUGUGGAUGUCUGUACCAAAUUUGAAGAAAUUCCCUCAAGGUGUUCUUGAGAUUUUCUGUUUACAAAAAUGACACGCACGCGAGGUCACGGUGACCUUGACCACCAAAAUCUAAUCAGUUCAUCAUUGAGUCCAACUGCAUGUGUGUACCAAAUGUGAAGAAAUUCCCUUAUGUUGUUAUUGACAUAUUGUGUUCACAAGAAUAAGAUCACCGAGUUCACAGUAACCUUGACCCUUGACCUAGGACCAUCAAAACCUAAUCAGUUAAUUGUUGAGUCUAAGUAGACAAUUGUGCCAAACUUGAAAAAAAAUCCCUCGAGGCAUUCUUGAGAUAUCGUGCUUACGAAAGAUGUAUGGACGUAUGGACGUAUGGAUGGACGGACAAAUGGACAACCCAAAAAUAUAAUGUCUCCGGCCACAGCUCUCGACAAUUCGAAGGCAUAAAAAAAGUUGUAUUGACAGUGUAUGACUGAUUUUACUGUUCAUCAGAGUUACGGCCUGUGAAAAUAAAUGUUGUCGUGUCUGGUUAUUUUGGCACACAGUGCUCUGAAGAAGAAGAAGAAGUUGGAGCAGAUUGUGUCCAUGGUGUGAAGGAUCUACAGUAAUGCUAUCUGUCUGUGUCCUAACUUUGAAGGUGUGUGCGUCCUGGAUGGAGGGCAGGCUGGCACAAAUGAUUCUUUCUGCAGUCCUUACUUUCUCUUGUAGUAUGUUCUGUUCUUUUUGGUGACUGAUCCAAACCACACAGUGAGGGAUGUGCAGAGAAAAAACUGUAUUAUUGUGGAGUAGAACCUGAUCAGCAGCUCCUGAGGCAGGUUGAACUUCCUGAGCUAGUGUGUUGAUGGUGCAGAUGUUGGACAUCCAUUUAUGUCCCAAGGAGAUGAUGAAUCGCAGAAACCUAAUGGUUUUCACAGCAGACACAGUAUUGAUCAGUAUGGUGAUGGAUGGCAGUGGUGGAGGCCUCAUCAUGAAGUCCACUGUGUUAGCUGGGCACCACUUAUGAGCCUAGGCCAUGGUACAAUAAAGUCCCCUUCCUGUUGGUUUGCUGUGCUUCCCCUGGGGCCGAGCUGCUAAGACUACUGCGCUACCUCCUUGCCCACAGGAUCGCUCAGGACUCAUCCACCUCCUUUUGACUGUGAUCCUAACACCUCUACUGCUGGUCUCUCUCCAGAAAGAAGCGGAUUAUCACAUUUUUAACACAUCAGAGAAUAUUUACAUAAUGGCAAGGGGCUUUACCAGCACUCAGGUGGCAAAAACCUUCAAAGGUGGUGGAAAUCCAAAAAGGAAAAAAAACCCCUGCCUUUUCAGUAGAUCACAAUAAUGUGCUUGAUUUUAUGGAUGACUGCAAAUGAUUUUAACUAAUAUUAAUGAUUAAAUGAGUUUAACAUGAUUGCUUACUAAUAAGCUAAAAUAAAGCAAAAUCACAAGAAAGAAAAAUAACAGAAUUCCUCAGUAAAAGGACUGUCUCUUAUAAGGUAAGAUAAGAGAUAAGAUACACCUUUAUUGAUCCCAUAAUUGAGAAAUUCCAGUGUUACAGCAGUCAAAGAAAAAGAGUCAGAUUAAAGAUUUCAAAAUUAGAUUUAAAAAACUUAAAUAACUAGGCAUGCAAAUAAGUACAAAAAUCCAAGAGUCGGCGAUAAAUAACAAUAACAAUAAUAAUAAUAAUGAAAAUAAUAGGAAGUGGAUAAUAAUGAGCAGCAGUGAAUGAAAAUGAGCAGUGGAUAAAGGGAGCACAUCCAGUGCAAGUGAUUGUAUGUGCAAAACAGCAGACAGCUGUGGUGUCCAUAAAGUGUCCAUAGUGUCAAUAAAGUGUCAAUGAAGUGUCCAUGGUGCAGUCUACUGUGAGCAGUGUUGGUUAUGUAGCCUGACAGCAGCAGGCAGGAAGGACCUGCGAUAGCAUUCCUUCACACUCUUUGGGUGAAUCAGUCUAUCGCUGAAGGAGUUCUCCAGAGCUUUUAUCUCCUCCUGCAGAGGAUGGGAGUCAUUAGCCCUCAGAGAUGACAGCUUGGCUGUCAUCCUCCUGUCUCCCACCACCUGCACAGAGUAUCAAAACAAACUUUUUUUUUAAAAAAAAAAAAAAGCUCUCUCGUCUUAUAUACCAGGGAAAUGAACGAUGAAAACAUCUUCAUGUAUAAUAAAAAUACUCAUACACACAAGGUUAAUGUGCGGCAUGCGGUUCUUGCAGUUCAGACAUGUCAGCAGCAUUUUCAUGCCGCUACUUGUUUGUCUAACAGUCAUCUGACAGUUGGUACACACAGUUCUCAGGAAGAGGGAAGUGGCAAGACUGUUGGGAAACCUUGAUAUACCUCAGCAGGUAUGACUGUUUCGUCAUCUGCAAACCUCAGGAGUUUAACUGACGUCUUUUCUGAGGUGAAGUCGAUGUAGAGGGCGAAGGGCGGUGAAGAGAGCACACUUUCCUGGGGGGGUGCCUGUGUCUAUGGUCUUAGUGCCGGAUGUGAUUUUCCUCAGCCUCACCUAAUGCCUGUGGUCUGUCAGGAAGUUUGUGACCCGCUGACAAGUGGAGGCUAGGACAGUUAGCCAGAUUGCUUGUCUAUUUCACAGUGACCCUGAUGAAGGCCACAAGCUGACACAUGGUGUUCUGCAUACUCCCAAGUGUUGCUGGAGUUUUACCUCUUCAGAAUUUUCCCUUCAUCCAUGCAUGUUGGAAGUAGGUGAAUAUGUGCCGGAUACUCUAACUCUACCUCUGUAACGAAUAUGAAAACAGAUAUUGUGCAACUUGUUGUGAGUUUAAUCUUGCAAAGCUUGCUAUCAGAUUGGAAAACAGCCUGUUUAAAUUUUUCCACGAUGAUACAAAUGCACAUGAUCAGGUCACCUGGGAAUGAAACAUAUUGAACUACUUGCUUGGCUUUGGCCUUGGUUGUUGAUUAAGCAACAUGACCAUUUCCUAAGAAGUGCACCGGGCUUGCGUAUACCUUUUGCAAAGACAGGAUUUCACAGGUUUUAGCAAGUAGUAUUCUUUAGCAUAACAUUGUGUCAGUUAACCUUUUGCUUCAUGUUUUUAUUUUUUGACUCACUGCCAGAGGAAGUGGUCACAGUGCUAUGCAGCAGCCGUAAAGGACGACUACCAUGAAAGCCAGAGCUUGUGUAAGAAAGGAGUAUGGUGCCAUCUUCCUGUUUCUGACUGUCCUUAUCUAUGUGCUAUGUAACAUGAAAAUUCUGGAGAUUACACAAGGAGGUGGUUGGGGACAACUCAGACAUACAAUGUGCGGGACCUUGACACCAGAUCCUUCGGCUCGCAUCCAGACUCCUGUCUUCCGUUCAGGCAACAAAAGCCCUUUGGUUAAGCAGUUUCACCAAAAAGUGAACACCACUGUCAUCAUCCCGAGAGUUUCCAGUGACCUCAACAAGAGUCAUAGCUUCUGCACCUUCCAGCCAGUCUCCCGUGAGGACGCUCUGGAGGAACGCCUCCUACUAGACUCCAUUGUUUGGCCUGAAACUCCACCUUUGCCAACUCCUGUUUCCCUGGAGAACACUAGUCAUCCAGCUCACAGCACCUUCACCAUUCUCCCAAGGAGGGGAGGAGGACAGUGGCAUGUAGGGGAUCAGCUGGAGGUUAUGAUAAAAAUUUCUGACCUCCAGGGUUGUCCCAAGAAGUAUGGGGGGGACUUCUUACUCGCCCGGCUGCACAACACAAAGCUUUUUGCAGGUGUAGCUGGGCAAGUGGUGGAUCAUCUCAAUGGGAGCUACUCUGCUGUAUUCUCUUUACCCUGGGAAGGAGACGCGCAGGUUGAGGUAACGCUGGUUCACUCUAGUGAGGCUAUCACAGUGCUGCGCAGGCUGACCAGAGAACAUCCGGACAGGAUUAACUUCAGGAGCCUCUUCCGCUCAGGCUCACUCUCUGAAAGUAGCAUCUGUAAUGUCUGCCUACGUCCAACCCAGCAGCCGCUGUGCAACUACACUGACCUCCGUACAGGCGAGCCUUGGUUCUGCUACAAGCCAAAGAACCUGAGCUGCAAUACCAGGAUCGACCAUGCCAUGGGAGAACACAAACAACACUUGAAGGAAAAAGAGGAGAAGCUCUUUCAAAGUGGUAACACGAAAGUCUGCAUUCAGGCCUCAGGGCCUGCCAGUGUCACUGUGUUGCCAAAAAAGGAAGGUCAGCCCGAGGUGAAUAGCAGCAAUGUGACAUCUGGACCCUCUGGCUAUUACUAUCAAGGUGUAUGGCGAGCACUAGGAGGCCCUACAGUUCACCAAUUCAACACCUCUGCCAUCAGUCAGUGUCUGAAAGGCAAGGUGGUCCACAUGUUUGGAGACUCCACCGUCAGGCAGUUUUUUGAAUACCUCACCAAAACUCUACCAGAUCUUAAGGAGUUCAACCUGCACAGUCCGCAGAAAGCGGGACCUUACGUGGCCUUGGACUAUGCAAACAACAUCUUCGUAAAAUACCGCUUCCAUGGUCCUCCUAUCCGUAUUGUCACUGUCCCCACCAGUGAGCUUCAUUACAUUGCCAAUGAACUAGAUGACAUAACUGGAGGCACCAGUACUGUUGUAGUUUUUGGCAUCUGGGCUCACUUUGGCACUUUCCCCAUGGAGCUCUAUAUCCGGCGGCUGCAGAGCAUCCGGAGGGCGGUGGUGCAGCUGCUGGACAGGGCUCCAAGCACAGUGGUCAUUAUCCGGACAGGAAAUCCCAAAGAUUUGCCACUUCUUGUGUCACUAUCAAACAGCGACUGGCACUCGCUGCAGUGUAACAAGGUGCUCAGACUCAUGUUCAAAGGACUGAAUGUUCAUCUGAUUGAUGCCUGGGAGAUGAUCUUGGCCCACCACCUGCCGCACAGCCUCCACCCACCACCUUCUGUUAUUAAUAAUAUGAUUAAUGUUAUCUUGUCCUAUAUAUGCCCUCAGAAGGGUGGUUAGUUGUGUAUUUGUUGCGGUAGAAGAGUGGGGAUUAAAGCUUAUACUGAGUUGCCAUGUUAUCUCAUGUGUUUGUACCUAGUGCUACAUUUUUAAAUUCUGCAUAGGGACAGACUAGACUAAGUACAAUCUUUCAAACCGAUUUUUAAUCAGGGAAAGCUGAGUGAGUACAAAAGAAACAGAAAUGGAUGGAAAGCAACUCAAAGUCAUGGUAGGGUGGGUAUUAUAAAUGACCACUGCUGAAUGAUCACACGUAACACAUACAACGCCAUGUCCCUUGUCUUGGGAUUGUGAGCAGUGUUCCAGGAGAUGCAGAAAAUCAUAACCAUAGUCUAAUCAGAUUAACAAAAGGUAAUAUUGCUAUGAAACUUUAAUACAGAAAACCUGUCCAUAAGAGGAUUGUAUAUGAAAAAUACUACGGGGUUCUAUUUACAAUAACCUUGGAUUUGAAGCAGCCGCUAACUGUGCUCUGCUGGUUUCACUCAAAGAUUUGAUGUAGUUAUUGUUGUUCACCAUAGUUUUCUUUUGCUUGCACAGGAAAUUAAAUUCCGGAUCGAACGUAUCUCAAUUCAUCUUUACACAAUCGAUUUCCGGCCUAACUUCAAAAAGAAACUGUUAACACUUUAAACUCGAAUUAAUUAAAUGGAACUUAAACCCUUUCCUUUCGGAGCAUUGUACUUUAAAGGAAAAGUUAGACAUUUUGUGCGCCUCCUUAGUGGGAAUCAGAUGAAAAGAUUAAAACUACUCUCAUUUUGUCUAUUGAAUAUAAAGCUUAAGUCAGUUCACUACUUAUGAGGGUGGAGGGGGUGGUGCAAAACUGGGGAGGCAUAUCCAAUAAUUGUUUGAGCCCUUGGGAGGGACUUGUGUUUUUUAUGGUUCCACACUGGCGAUAGCCGUGGCCGGAGACAUUACGUUUUUGGGUUAUCAAUCCAUCCAUCCAUCUAUCCUGUCAUUGUGGACAUGAUAUUUUGAGCACCCGAUGAGGGAAUUUCUUCAAAUUUGACACAAAUGUCCAAUUGUACUCACAAUGAACUGAUAAGUUUUUGGUGGUCAUGGGUCAAAGGUCAAGGUCACAGUGACCUCAUCUGUCUCAUUCUAGUGAAUGCAAUAUCUCAAAAACACAACAGGAUUUCUUUAUUGUUUUGUUUUUUUCUCAGAUUUGACACAAAUGUCCACUUGGACUCAACAGUGACAUGAUUACAUUUUCUUAUUAUGAUACAGCAGUGGCGAUUGCUCUAAGACUGCAAGGGAAGCUCAGCUUCCCCUAAAAUGUCAAAAAAUAAGUGGUCAAAUAUGUACUCUUGUGUUUUCAUGUCAUUGACUAAAUAUGCGCUAGAGCGUGUUCAACUUUUGUUCAGAAUCAGCUACUGAUCACAGGUCACUGAUGCGACUUUCUUCUCAUUCAUUCCCGUAGCGUCACAGUGCAUUAAACAGUGUUGAAGCUCAGCGUCCAAAGAAUUCAGUGGGGAAGCAUAGAGUGGGUUGUUCCACUGCAGCGAAACUAGACAGUCAUUGGAUAAAUGCUCGGUUUUGUCCUGCCCAUCGGACACUCAGUGUCUCUGGGGAUCUAUGGGGCAGUGGGCUGGCCUCGGCUGGCCUGGACGCUGGGCUUCUGCAUGAUGAUUGGAUGAUCUGUCUGAGGCUGAAUCCCUUUUUGAUUGAGCGCAAAAUGAGCAAAUCAGCGAUCUUGAAAUAUAAACCACCAGAGCAUUUUUCAAGUUUCAUUCCGUUGUUCCGAGUUGAUCUGGAGACUUUUCCAAUCCUCUUAGUGACUUUUUCUUUGUUAAAAACGACUAGCGAUAAAUCUAGCAUCUUGUUCUGGUGUUAUUGGAGACUGUACUCGUGUUUGGAGACUCUGACUUCUGUCGCUCUGCAGUUACUGUCCCCAACGAGCAGCGGAUGCUGUAAGCCCCUCCACCAUCCCAAAGCACACACAGGCGGUCAUACUAGCCUCGCGCAGCAGCCCCAGAGGGUAGAAUUUACGUAUAAAUAAAUGGACACAUUUUAUGAUGUAGGCCGAAAAUGAGCUUCCCCUCCUUGAAAGACCAGCAGCUGCCACUGUGAUACAGAUAUUAUUAUCUGGAAUAAAGAGAUCUUUUGAUCUUUAAUUCUUAAUGUGCUCCUCACAGUGAAGAGAUGCAGCAAGCAUCUUGUUUCCACAACCAAUACCAUCCUUAUCGCCAGUUACAUUGUGGAAUAAAGAGACUUAAAAUACAUAGAAGUGGGCAUUUGAGGGUUUACUCAUGAGAAAGCCAAAGAGUUUCUACAGCAUGACAAUUCAUAGUGUCUGACAAACAAGCAGUAUCAGUUCACAAGUAUGUGACACUCCCACAAGCCUUCCUGUACACUCACAUUAAGAGGGGCUUUCCGAUACAUAAACUGCUGCUUCCUAUAACCAGAUCUGUGAACAUUUACUUCUCCUCUGUUAGCAUGUGCACAGAUUUGGUCGGGGUCCAGUCUGCUCUACAGUGUCUUACCCUGUCCUCAUGAACACAAGAUUGCUCUGAUUAGCUCAGAGGUCAAGGUCACUGACUUCACAAAAUAUAUUUUUGGCCAUAAAUUCAUUCACUAUUUUAUUUCACACAAGUGAUUACAUUUUAUAUCCAAAUAUCCAAAGGUCAACUUCACUGUGACAUCAUAAUGUCCUGCAAAAACACUUUUCUGACCACUACAUUAUAUUUUAGGAAAAAAAGGGAAGAUAUUUGGUCAGAGACACUUAUCUUGGGUGCCCACCUUGAAACUGUGUUGAUUGUAUACGCCUCCUUUGCUUGUUAUUUUUUUUUUUAUGAUUUUUUUUUAAAUAUAUACAUUUAUUGAUUUGGGGUGAUUGUGUACGAGAAUGUGUUGCGUAUUUAUUACUGUCUAUUUUUCUAAUUUUUUUUUAUAUUCAGACAUGACACAGCAAAUUUCGUUGUACUUAUUGUGCAAUGACAAUAAAGUCUUUUCUGUUCUAUUCUA